AAUCUACUGUCUGAUGUUCAGAAUGGGCUGAUAAUCGAUUAUCACACUCUGAUAAUCGAUUAUCAAACUUCAGAGAGGGCUGAUAGUCGAUUAUCACAUUCUGAUAAUCGACUGUUGCUCAGCUUUGUUACAAAAAUCUGCAGAACGAUGAAUAAUCGAUUUUCAAGUUGAUAAUCGAUUAUCCAUCGUCUUCUACCUCGAGCCAACUUGCGGAAAUAUCACUUUUACUCACCAAACUUCAAUUAAAGUAUAUAAAAAUGUUCUCCAAGAGCCUAACUCACGUCCAAACUUAACCAUUUGAGAGUAAAGCGAUCAUGGGCGCUUCUUCUAGAUAUCUCUAUGCAGGAAUUGAAGAAGGUCAAUCAACCUCUAGGCCACCACUCUUUGAUGGCACCAACUACUCUUAUUGGAAGGAACGAAUGAGAAUCUAUAUCCGUUCCACCAACUUCCAAUUGUGGUUGGUCAUAAAAAAUGGUGAGCAAAUCCCAACAAAAAAAGUGGGAGAAACCACGGUCCCAAAGACCGAGAACGAAUUUGAUGCCGAAGACAUGAAAAAGGUGGAGAACUAUGCCAAGGCAAUCAACAUGUUGUACUGCGCGGUCAACCCUGAUGAUUAUCGCAAGAUCUCUUGUUGUACCACCGCCAAAGAAAUGUUGGACAAGCUGGAGGUCACAUACGAAGGUACGGACCAAGUUCGGGAAGCCAAAAUUAACUUCCUAACACAGGAGUACGAGAUGUUUAGGAUGAAAGAAGGCGAAAAGAUCGAUGACAUGUUCGAUCAGUUCUCCAAGAUCAUCAAUGACCUUCAUGCCCUCAAAAAGACUUACACCAACAAGGAUCUCGUGAGGAAAAUUCUGCGGAGUCUCACACCUGAAUGGAGAUCAAAGGCCGAUGCAAUCUACAAAUCCAUCAGAGUUUCCAAUGUCACCAUCGACGGGUUAAGAGGUAAUCUCAAAACUUAUGAAUCCACUAUUCUAAACCCGUCGUUGGAUGAACAAAAGAAGAAAGGUAUAGCACUUAAAGCAACCAAGGAAACGUUGGAAGAAGUUUCAAGCGAUGACAACAACGAGUUUGGACUCGUCAUCAAGAAGUUUCACAAGUUCAUGAAGGAGUUUGAGCGGAAGGGAAGGAAGCACGACAGUCCUCCCAAGUGCUACGGCUGUGGCGAGAUUGGCCACAUCAAGCCAAGGUGUCCCAAAGCCAAGCACGGCAAGGACAAGCCCGGUUUCAAGAAGCAAAGGGCGUUACAUCUCUUGGGGUGGCGAUUCCGGCGAUGAAUCAACCGACCAAGAGGAGGAUGAAGCUGCAAAUCUGUGCCUCAUGGCGCACGAAGACCAAAACGACGACGUCCAAGAGGUAUGUACCAGUUCUUCCGACUCUUAUACUUUUGAAGAAAUGCAAGAAGCACUUCAUGAAACGUCUUUCUACACUUGAAAACAAUUUUGAAAAAUUGGAAAAAGACAAUGAAAAAUAAAAACAAGAAAACAAAUUUUUUGGAAAAAGAAGCGUUGACAAACCAGAAAGUUCCUCAAGUGAAUGUGAGUCUUGUAAAGCUUUAAAAGAACAAGUCACUAAACUUGAGAGCACGGUCAAGAAAUUUAAUACUCCUCACAAAGAUUUAAAUUUGCUUCUUGACACUAUGCAUUUUUCUAAGGAAUAGGUUUUAAUAAAAAUGAAGCUAAGGUUAAAGA